CUCAGUGAACCAUGAUUCCCCUUAAUCGGACGCUUAAUAGAGAAUUGGGACGGGCAACGGCGCAACUCCAGCACGCGGGUCGAUCAGCUGAGCGAACCACGCUCACUCCAAAUCUUUUAAAGCAGCCAGACAUCAGUAUCUUAUAUCAUCUCGCCUGUGGUAUUAUGAUAUGUAUUACGCUAAUGUUUACGAACUACGAACUAGUUGUUGGGGCACAUUUAUUGACUAAGGGAAAAAAUAGGGCAUUGUUAAAGGUUACCGAAAAGCGUGUAAACUAUACAAAUUCUCAAAGGGAAGAGAAAGGGACAGAUUAUAUAGCAGAAUAUGUACAAAAAGAAGAAGAAGAACUUUUGCGGGCUGCAAGUUAUCAUAAUACAAAUGAUAAAUGCAAUUUUGAAAAUGUAUCAGUAGGUACAUAUGUCACGGAAGAUAUGCAAAAUGAACAAACAUUAAACAUUUACAAAACAUAUCAGUUUGUUUAUCAUGCAAAUCCUAAUUUAGUAGUUAAUAGUAAAAGAGAUCAGAUAGUAUCUAUGAUUGAAACUAAUUCAGUUGUAGUAAUUCAAGGGCCAACUGGUUGCGGCAAAACUACACAAGUACCACAAUUUAUUUUAGAUUCCUGCUAUAAAAAAAAACUUCAUUGUAAUAUUAUAGUUACGCAGCCUAGAAGAAUUGCUGCUAUAAGCAUUGCAAAACGUGUCAGCCAAGAAAGACAGUGGCCAAUAGGUACCCUUAUUGGAUAUCAAGUAGGUCUGAUAAACCACACAAGUAAAGAUACACGCCUAACAUAUUGCACUGCUGGGGUACUUUUACAUAAAUUGGUAAAUAGCAAAAACAUGUUGGAUUACACACAUGUCAUACUUGAUGAAGUUCAUGAAAGAAAUGAAGAUAUGGAUUUUCUUCUCCUUGUUGUUCGAAAGCUAUUAUAUACAAAUUCACGUUCAGUAAAAGUUAUUUUGAUGUCUGCUACAUUUGAUGUAGAAAGAUUUGCUAAAUAUUUUUCUUCACCUGUGGGAAAUAAACUUGUUCCUGCCCCUAUUAUUGACAUUCCAAAGAAAACAUUUUUUAAUGUUGGUAUCUAUUAUCUUUGUCAAAUGGUUACAUUAGGACCGAUACCUGAAGUUUCUGCUACCAAACCAUGUAUUACAAAUAAAAUGUUGGAAUUUUGUGUUAAUCUUAUAAAAGUUCUUGAUGAUGUAGACAUGAAAGCUGAUGAUGCAAAGUAUGAUUCAGAAACAAAUCUUUAUGAAAGACAUGUGAUUCUCAUAUUUUUACCAGGAAUUAAUGAGAUUGAGGAAAUUAAUAAUUUGUUGUGUUUACCAAAACAUGAACAGAGUAAGUGGGAUAUAGUGAUAUUACAUUCCUCAAUUACAAGUGAAGAACAACAGAGGAUUUUUCAAAAACCACCCCAUGGCUAUCGUCGUCUUAUCUUAUCUACAAAUAUUGCUGAAAGCAGUAUUACUGUUCCUGACGUAAAAUAUGUAAUUGAUUUCUGUUUAAUAAAACAUCUUAUUACGGAUCAACAUACGAAUUUUUCGUGCUUAGAGUUAAAAUGGGCAAGUAAAGCAAAUUGCGAACAAAGAGCAGGUCGCACAGGUCGAGUAAUGGAUGGUAGAGUAUAUAGAUUAGUACCACAAACAUUUUAUGAGAAUGUUUUGCCUCAAGAAGUAUCACCUGAAAUAUUACGAGCUCCAUUAGAAAAUCUAGUUCUCAAAUCAAAGUUGUUAAACAUGGGAGAACCUAAAGCUAUUUUAGCACUUUCUCUUGAUCCACCUGAUCUUAGAAAUUUAGAAAACACGAUACUAUUAUUAAAGGAAACAGGAGCAUUGCUAAAUAAGAUCAAUGAAAUACAACCUUUUGAUGGAGAAUUAACAGAUCUGGGUCGAGUUAUGGCUAAUCUACCACUAAAUAUCCAUGUAUCGAAAUUAAUUAUGUUAGGUCACGUUUUUAGUGUUUUAAAAGAUACAAUAAUUAUCGCAGCUGCUUUGUCUGUAAAAGAUAUGCUUAAUAAUCCAUUUCAACAAAAACUGUUAGCCUUCAAUGUCAGACUUAAUUGGGCAGCUAAUUCUUGCAGUGACUGUGUAACUUUCAUGAAUGUAUAUAAGGUAUGGAUUGCCGAAAAAGUUAAUCGUCGAUUAAAUAGUGACGCAGAAGAAAGAAAGUGGGCAAUGAGAAAUUUUGUACAAAUCAGAGUGUUGCGCGAAGUUAAAGCGCUGGUAACAGAAUUAACGCGUAGAUUAGAAAAAUUAGGUAUACAAGAAAGUGCCGGUGUUAAUAAAGUUGUUUGGACAGAAGCAGAACGGCCAUUUAUUUUAAAAAUCGUAAUUGCUGGUGCAUUUUAUCCGAAUUACUUUAUCAAUAAUGUAUCAGCAUCAGAAAGUAAAUUGAAUGAACAUGAUGGAAUAAAAUUACUAGGUGGUUUAGAUCCCUUGAGGACAGUAUAUUUACAAGGUUGGCCUUUGAAACAACCUGGACUAUUAUAUGCCCGCAGAAUUCAGAAUAUCUUCAAGGAGAAUUUGAAGAUGUCUACUGGAAAAAUACAUGUAUCUUUUGACAAUUCUUCUCGCGUUUACGUUCAGUUCAUUCAAGGAAUGUCUGAAAAACAACAUAAAGAUGUAUCAAGGGGAAUAUCUCCAUUUAUUUAUAAAGCAAUCAGAAUGAGACAUUGCAAUAUCCCCAUAGAGAUACCAAUUUUACAUGAAGAUAUGGCUUUGCAACGAGCAAAUGAGAUGAAUUUAAAGCAAAAAUUCUAUUUUACUCCUAAAAGUGUGUUAAAGGACAAAAUUAAACCUGAAUUACCGGGUUUACGAAUAACUCGCAUUCCUCUAAUUAUACAAAACAUUAAAAAUCCUAGUUGUUUUUGGGCUCAACAACGUAAUUCUACAAUUAUAAAAAGACUGAAUAAAAUAGAAUCAGCUAUUGAACAAAUGCAACAUCAAUUUGAAACAUUCAAAAUGGCUCCGGAAAUUGGCACAAUUGUACUUGCUCCAUAUGAAGAAAACAAUCGCAAAACAUAUCUUCGGGCAGUAGUGGAAGGUCAUGUAUCAUUACCAGAAAUAUUAGUACGACUAUUUUUUAUUGAUUAUGGUUAUUCAAAUGAAUGUCGAUUGCGCGAUUUAAAACGUUUGAAGAAUGAUAGCGAUAUUUUUGAUAUUCCUGCGUUAGCGUUCGAAUGUAAAUUAGCAAACAUUCGACCAUCUGUAGCACAUAAUUUCAGUGAAGAUUGGUCACAGGCUGCAUGUGAUCUAUUCUGGACAUUAAUUAAUAAACCUGGUUUACUUUUUGGAGAAAUUUAUUCUGUUGUCAAUAGCGUUGUUGUGAUUGACUUAAUCCAUAAAAAUGAAGAAGACGAAAUUAGUGUAAAUCAGUGUCUUCUUGAAAAAUCACUUGCAAUAAAAAAAGAGGAAAAUUAUUUGUCACGGUUUAAUCAUAGUUUAAGAUUGCAACAAUCAGAUAUGUCGGAUGAACAAUGUUAUUACUAUGAAAAGUUACAGUAUGAUCAAGACGAUAUGCCCAAUAUCUAUCCAGAUCCUCCUGCAGUUGCAGAAUGCAACACAUCAGAAAAAUUACGAGGUCCAUUUUCACCACUUGAAAUUGAUUUAAUUCAUCUUAUUAGGGCUGGUAGAGAUAAAACUGUGAGAAUGGCGAUGAAUUCGGUGAAUUCUGUUCUUUUGGACACCGAUCCUGAAGAUUCUUCUCAACGACUUUUAGUAGCAGCAUCCAUUUCUCAAAGUGCACGUGGUCAAAAUUUAACAUUAUAUAAUACAACAUUAAUGCCGCGUAUUCCUGGUUUAACUGCCUUAAUUGUAUUGAUUUUUACGCCUUAUAUGGAAUUGCGACGCAAUGAUUUUGGAACCUGUUAUAUUGGCGCAUUAUGUGGAUUAGGUUUUGAUCCUAUUAAAAAGAAUAGUAUUUAUCCGGAACACGAUAUAGAACUUUAUUUUGACACCGAAAUUACUAUAGAUGAUUUACAAUUUAUAAAUAGACUACGUCAUUGGAUGAAUAUUGGAAUGCAAAUUAAUCAACAAUUUAAUAGCAAUAACAAUAUGGAAGAAAUUAUUGUCUGUCAGAAUAGAAUAAAAGAUGCAUUGUUUAACUUAAUUGAGAAAGAAAGAAAGAUUCAAGCUACAGAAUUAAUUAAUAAUUUUGAUAAAUGGAACUUGUAUAAUGAAAAGCUGUUGCUUCGGCCUAAUAAACAAUCCAUGAUCACUAAUAGCAUAUACAGACUCCAUAAUGCAUUAGAAUUGGAAGAAGCAAAUGAAAUACAUGAAAUUAUAGAACAUAUAAAAAAUUUACGAGUAUUGGCAACUGAAGAUCCAAGGAAAACUGGAAUUACUCAAAUUCCUUGUAAAUUAUGUAACAUUACAGUUUGUGAUAUAUUUGACCUUCGCAAUCAUUUGUACACAGCGAGACACAGGCAAAACGAAGAUAUAUUAGGAAUUAAACUUUGAACCAUAACAUGACAGACUACACAGACUAUUAUUAUUAUUAUUAGUAAGUAACUAUAAAAUAUAAAAUGUUUAGUAUUCUACAUAUUAAAGAUAUA